AUGGACGACGUUAGGGCCACCUCCGCCUGGGUCGCCAGCCGCUCUUCCCAUGUCCUCGUCGAUUCUGCAGGGAUUGAUAAAGUGGUGAGCUCCAUUGAGUCCAUUCCCAAGGUUGAGUGGGAUUUCGAAGGGAUUCACUACUUCGAUAAUGGACCACUCACCGUUCAGUAUUUGUUUGUGUUGGACGCUUUAAAUUUUUGCUUCUGGCCUGAUGAGGAUUUGAAUUAUGACGAUUUGGCAUCUGGGCUAAAAGCAGCUCUUCAAAAUGAUAAAUCUGCAUUUGAUGCUGAUCGUCUGCAAAAGUACACUGGUCCACAACUACGCGAACUUUUGAGAUGGCCUAGACCCCUUCCUUUGGAAGAUGAACGAGUUAGGUUACUUCACGAGGUUGGGAUUGAAUUGGAAAGGAACUUUGAGGGUAAAGCAUCCAAUCUUGUGCAGUGUUGUGGAAAAUCAGCUGUGAAUCUUGUCGCUCUUGUUGCACGCCAUUUCCCUGGUUUUAGGGACCAUACAUUGUACAAGGGACGCCAGGUAUUUUUAUACAAAAGGGCUCAGAUAUUUGCAGCAGAUUUGUGGGGUGCAUUUGGGGGCCAAGGAUAUGGUGAGUUUAAAGACGUCGGCUCAUUAACUAUAAUGGCAGACUAUAUCGUCCCAGCUGUGCUUCGGCAGCUUGGUGUUUUAAAAUAUAGUCCAAAACUUGCAAGUACUAUUGAGGCCAGUGGAGAAAUAGGUCCAGGGACUGAAGAGGAAGUUGAACUGCGGGCUUGCUCUGUACAUGCAGUUGAGAAAAUGAGGGAGCUGAUAAGUGUAAAGUCAGGAAGACAGGUUCUCAGUGUGGAACUGGAUCUUUGGCUCUGGGCUGCCGGUGUUCAGUGCACAUCUCUGCAGCACCACCGAACACUUUCAAUAUAUUACUGA